AUGAUAAUUUCUUGGCUCAAUCGAUCCAUCUCAGAAUCCAUUGCACAAUCAGUGCUUUGGAUGGAGAAAGCAGAUGAUAUAUGGAACAACUUGAAAGACAGGUUUGCUCAAACUGAUAUGUUUAGAAUUUCUGAUCUUCAAGAUGAAAUUUUCAAAUUGCAGCAAGGAGACAAAUGUGUUUCAGAUUACUUCACCCAAUUAAAGAUUUUAUGGGAUGAAUUAGAAAGCUUACAGCCAAUUUUACCAUCUUGCGCAUGUGGAGCAGCAACACAAGUAAAGGAUACUCGUGAAAGGGACUAUGUAAUAAGAUUCUUGAAAGGGUUAAAUGACCAAUUUGAACAUGUGAGAGCUCAAGUAAUGCUAUUAGACCCUCUUCCAUGUGUUAACAAAGUAUUCUCAUUGAUUCUUCAGCAAGAAAGGCGCCUGAAAAUAGGAGUCCAAGAUUCACAAUCUUUCAUCAAUAUUGCUGAACAACAAAAUUCCAGAGGACAACUAGACAGAGGACAGACUCGAUAUCAUCCAAAUUUCAAUCAGAACUUCAACCAAGGUUUCAAUCAAGGAAGAGGCCAAGGUUUUAAUCAAGGAAGAGGCCAAGGUUUCAAUCAAGGAAGAGGUCGUGGAAAUAAGUUUUGCACAUAUUGCAAGAGAACAAACCAUACCAUCGAGACAUGCUAUCUCAAGCAUGGAUUUCCACCAGGAUACCAAACCAGAAGACCAUAUGCUGCUGCUGCUGCUACAAACUUUGUUUCACUAGAAUUUGAUGAUAGUGUACACAAUACUGAUCCAGAACCUGAACCAGAAUCUCUGAAUCUUGCCUUUUCAAAAGAACAACAUCAAGAAAUUCUGGAACUUCUACAAAGAUCAAAGCUGCCUCACUCAUCACAUAUCACAUCACAUAUAUUUUCUCUAAUCUUUCAUGUGUCCAAUCCAUAA